AUGGAAGCAUCUCAUCUACCCCCAGAGGGGAUUGUACUUCCCCCGAGUCCCAUGAAUUCGGUCGACUCGACGACAUCCGCAGUCGAGACAACGGAGCCGGAAGAGAGUGUCAUGAUCACCUUAACACUCACGCCGCACCCGCCCGCCGCUUCCCCGAGUCGUUUGCCUUUCACCCGCUCCCAUUUCCGGUCGCGAUCUUUAGCAGAAGUCCCGGGGCUCCCUAUGACGCGCGCUCGUUCUUCCCCCGGGUUGGAUUCACGGGGAAGAUAUAUCUUCGUCAACGGCCGCGAUGCACCGGCAAACUUCGUGGACAACACUCCCAAACGCUACCUACCCUUGCAGGCCACAUCUGGGGAAAACCUCGAGGCGAGAAUGGUACCACGGAACAUCUCCCAAACCAUCUCAGAACAUGCCGAGCUCGACACGGGAAUGGCCUCGUCCCAAGGGGUGCAUCCCGCUGCAUCACCUAUGUUUUCUUACACUUUCCCGCGCAUCGGUCGCCGACGACCAUCGUCUCCCCUCCAUUUUCAUGCUGGGAAUCCUACUGGGCAGUCAUCUAGCAGCCCCUCUUCCGCACACUCCUCUCCAGUCAUUCUGAAUUCCAGAUACAACGAAUCUUACCCGGCACAUUCUGCAUCCUCGACUUCCUCAAUUCCUUCCACACCUACCAGUAUCCGGUCUCGUAGUCCGAGUAUCUCUUCGUUGGAAACUAUCCCAGACAUACCUGAUGCUGAAGCCGAAGCUACUGAAGCCGACCAGAUCGCGGCCUUGAAAGCUGCUGCCGAUAGAGCAGAUGAAGCGGAGGCGGCGGCAAAUGGGAACCGACGGCGCGGAACGUCCGACACUUCAGGGCCCUCAAGUACGUUCAUGAAUAUGAGGGGUAGCUCAGGCUACGGUGCCAGGGCUGAUAAAAGGAAGCGAUGGAGCGUUUGUGGAGCUGAGCGCCGUCAAGACCUGGACCUGGAAACCAUCUGGGAAGACUGA